AUGAGAGAAUAUGUUGAGGGAGAGCAUAGUUUAGAGUAUGUAAUGAAAUUACUUGCGGCAUAUAAUAGCCUUACGGAUAAACACCUGGCUGGAUAUUUCAACAACACAAGGAUAAGGCAGCAUCUCUUAAAAUCAGGGCUGAUCACAAGAAGUGGAAGAAUACUUUCUGAAAAAGAAUACAAACUAAAUAUCAUGAAGCGGGAUCACCAAAAAUAUAUCCGGGAGUGCUUAGCCCAAGCUAUUUUCCAUAAGGUUCUUGAUAUGGAGCGUUAUCAUCAGCUUGAAAUAAAAAAGAAACUGGAGACCUUAGCUAGGAAGGAACGAAUUCAGAGAUUUAAGGGAGAACACACAAGACGGUCUAUUGAAAAUAACAUGCCAAUCCUGUCUCCCCGCCCCCCAGCUGGCCCAAAGACUAGCCGUGGCCAUAGUGUUCUGGUUGAUGAAGGACAUUCCAGCCCAUUAACACUGACAGCCCCUCGACCAUAUACUGCCCCAGGAAAUAUGCAGCCUCCAAUGCGAUUACAGCCUCUUCCCAGUAAUCCUGCAGUAGGAACUGUUCCAAAGAUAACUUCGAGGUUCAGAUCAAAAACCUCAUUGCUGGACAAUGAUGCUCCGUUUCCCAUUGGGAGCAAGAAGGCAGUGUUGAAGUUCAGGACCUACAUGGAAAAUUCAAAGAGAAUGAAUCCGUAUCAACUUCCGAACAUUAACAGUUACAUGAUGCCUAUUCCUCCUCCACCUCCUCUGCCAAAUGGAAAAAUCACAAGGGAAAGUAGAUCUGAAACAUGGAGAAGAUUUCGUCCAACCACUGCUCCAAAUGGCUUAGAACCUCUCUUUACCAGGGAUUCAAGAAGGAUUCAUAAAACAUCACUGCAUAGUAAUGCAGCUAUUACAAUGAUCUAUUUGGGGAAAAAUGUGCACCUAUCUAAUGAUGACCCAGACUUCCGAGAUGAAAUAAAGGUUUAUCAGCAGCACUGUGGUGGGGAAAACCUUUGUGUAUACAAAGGCAAUCUACUUGAAAAAGAGACCUUUCAGUUUAUUUCCAAAAGGCACCAUGGUUUUCCCUUCAGUCUUACCUUUUUCCUGAAUGGGAUGCAGGUGAACAGGCUAAGCUCCUGCUGUGAAUACAAGCAUCGAAAAGGUUCCAGACUUGGAGGCAAACGAGGCUACUUUGGGUUUGUGUGUGUCGAGAGAUCAUCUCCUUGCUACAAAUGCAUUAUUGCAAUGGGCCUUGACAAAAACACAUCUUCACCAAAACCUAGAAAAGAAAAGAGCACUGAGAAGAGAGAGGAAGUGAAGAAAGGUGAGGGAACACUGAGGAAUGAUAGAAAGCACUUGAUACCAAGAAGAAAUGAGACCAAGGAGAACAGAGUCUCAGCCAUUUUUUCAGCUCAAGAAAUAAAAACAAGGGUCAGAGAAGUGAGAACUGCUGUGGAAGAAAUGGAACGUAAAGGAAAACCAGGACAAGAUGUUUGGGAAGAUGACCAGGAACAUGCUUUUAAAUAUGAAUAUGAAGAAGAUUUUGAAGUAGUUGAGGAGAAACAAGAUGAAAAAGCUAAUGGAGAAGGACAGGCUGAUGAUAAAAUGAAUGGAAUAUCAAAGUCACCCUCAGAUGAUGAAACAGAUCAUUUAGACCCUGAGAAGGACAGUGAAACCUUGUCACAGAAGGCACCAGAUGCUGAUGACAACGUGAAAGAUGAGGAUGACAGAUGCUCUGAGAGUGAAUUGGAAGAUGAUAAACAAGAUAUAAAAACUGCUUCGUCAGCUUCAACCAGAAGUCACCCAUAUUCUAGUGGCAGUGAAGAGGACCCUGCAGUGGGAGACAGGGAAGCCUCUGCUGAAAACAGUACAGAUGAAAGUCCCAGAAGUUUAUCUUCUGAGGAGUUGAGGGAAAAUGAUAAGCCAGGAAAAUCCCGCCUUGCAAUUGUGGAAUCCUUCAAAACUGAACUUGAAGAACAAGAAAUAACAAAAGCAGGUGUGGAGCCCAGGCCUCUGCCAACAGAGGAAAGCUUUGAGAAUGUUCUUACAGAAGAAACGGAGAAAGGUACCCAGGGGAUUAUAGAGAGUUUGUCUGAGAAGUCUAGGAAACAUGUUUCUGAGGAAGAGAAGGAAAAAGAUAAGAGUAAGUUUUGGGAAGGAAGCACUGCGAAGGUGAAGGACGAAAAGGCAGGUCUCCCUGGGGUGGAGAAAGGUGUUGGACAGAUAAUAACUGAAACCUUGGCACCGAGCUACCUCUGCUACUAUGACACUGAGCACGGUGUUAGCGGCGCAGAUGAACGGGGGAAGCCCUUGAGGAAUCUGGAGAUUGACACAGGCGGAGCCUCAAAUGGGAAUUUAGAGGUGGAGGAAAGAGCAGCUCUCACCUCAAACAAGGAAUCCAAACAAGUUGCACAGGAAACGUACCCACUGGGGAAGAAGGAAGCAGCGGAGGAAGACGAAGCUCCCCAGCGUGGGGAUGGUGACACAAUAGAGGAAAAGGGGGACACAGGACUGUGGGGAAAAGCAGGAGGAGGUAUUGAGGUUCCCUUGGGGGAGUGGAAGCCGACAGUAGAACAGCCAGUAUUAGUAGAACAAUUUAGGGAGAAAAGAGUGAUCCCUCCCGGCAUAGCACGUGGGGCAGUGGCAGAAGCAGAAGGGGAUGGAAGUCUGGGUCACGAAGGGUUGGAGCCCACAGGAAGAGCAGCAGCAAGUGACUCUGAGGGUCUGAAGGACGAUGAGGCUCCUGACGAGUGGGCCUUGAUGCAAACAGGGUUCGAGACAAAGAAAGCAGCUUCUGAAUGGGGACGAAGUCCGGAGAAGGCAGUGCUUGCAAACAAGGCAGCAGCUCUGCACUCGGAGCAUCUUUGGCAGGCAGCAGCCCUGAGAGAGGCAGUGACACCAGAGAAUGGAGAGGCUGGGAGCAGGGCGGCUGUGAGUGCGGCCGUGGCCACACAGCCAGAUAUGGACGGACGUGGACAGGAAGCGGCCACAGACCUAGAGGACAGGGAGCCCGUGGAAGAUGCUGCAUCCCAGACAGAGGAUGGUUCUGGAGAGGCAAUGGUUGGGGGAGAGAAACCAUCCAGAGAGAGGAAGGAAGUUAUGGGGACAGAAACACCCUGGAGCUCCUCUACAGGAGAGACAGGGGCGGCCAGGGCAGGGGAGUCAGAGGGCAGGCCUGAGGAACUGUGCAAGGACGACGUGCAACGGCAGGACAGGGUGACCGAGGCAGACCCCAACAGGGAACAUGAUAGGAGAGCAAUGUCACCUGAGGAAUUAGAUGGAGCAAGAGAAAGGAGAGCUGAGAGGCCAGUAGCACCUCUGAGGGAAACUGAACCUGAGAGAGAAGAGGUGACAAGGGCAGAUGCACCUAAGGAUGAAGAUGUUCUAGAAGAAGAGCCAACUCUUAAAGGGGAAGAGGGGGAAACAGUGAAGGAAGGGAGAUCUGAGGAAGAGACAAAAGCCCCCCACAGUGAAAUUGGCUCUGGUGCUGAGGAUGAAGUGCCUGCUGAGGCAUCUGAACUGACUGAAGAUACGGGAUUUCCAGAAAAUUCACUAACAGAGAGAGUGGUUUCCAUGUUUGAAGCAAGACCUGGAUCUGAAGAGUCACUGGAAAAACUAACAACUCUGAGGAAGGAUGGAGAAGGGGAAAGACUGAUCGCAGCCAGAGACAUGGAGCACAGGGGCCGAGCAGAGCUGCUGGCCAGGGAGGAUGUGGCCCCUUCCAAGCAGGAGCUGGGGCCCCCCUGCCAUGGAGGGGGCGCGUCAGGAGCUCCCGCAAGCCAGCUGGCAGGGAAGGCCCAGACACCUGAGGUGACGACCACAGCCACAGGUGAGGCUGAGGAGUGUGCAGCUGAGGAUCCAGACUGCCUUGCAGGACUGCAGGGAAGGGAGGAAGAAGGGCCUCUGCAGGGGCAAGAAGGAGCUGGGGACAAGCUUAUGAUCCAGGAAGAUGUUCCUGAGGGAGAGCCCAUGAUGGCAGGAAAGUCCAAUGAAGGAGGGAAGGAUAAGGACCCAGAGGAGGAGGAGGAUGAAGAGUGUGCUCUGGGGACGGGAGAGAUGAAGGACAGGAACACAGAGGGGGAUGGGGACAUGGGAGGAGGAGCAGUUAUGGCUGAGGAAGGUCUCCAAGGAGGAGGAAAGGCAGACACGGCCGCAGAGAAGAGGGAGGUGUGGGCAGAUUCCAAGACAGCUGAGGGGCAGACAGUAGCAGAGAAGGCCUCCCCCUCUUCAGAUGUUGCUGGGGAGGAAACUUGGCACAGAGAAGAUGAGUUACUAGGAAAAGCAGCAGCUGCAGAGAAGGUGGCGGUAGAGGAAAUAGCGCUGAGCGGGGAGGAGGUGCCAGCGGUGGAGGAGGUGACAGCGACAUCAAUGCCAGAGGCUGGGGUGGGAGCCCCAGGAGAACCCUCCGAUGCAGAAAGGAAGGUCCCUCAGCUAGGACAGGAUCAGGAGGAAGGGGAGGUGGAGAGCACUCAGCGUGCAGGGUCGGCGGGAGGGGAGGCAGGGACCCGGAGUGGUGAUGGGUGGCUGGGGCCGGGAGCUGCUGAAGAAUUCAGACUGAGUAGAGAGAGUCUGCAGGCGGCGGCAACACCUCCUGCCAAGCCCGAUUUUGCUGGAACCCAAGAGAAGCAAGAGCAGAUGGUGCAAAGGGAAAGUGAGGAUGCAGAUGUUUCCCUGAACAACAGGAGGGCCUAGGAGACUUCCUGACAGAUGGAUAUCUUAAAGAUGUCUUCUGGAAGACAUAAAGAGUGGAGAAAGAAUCACCCGAGCACCUCACCAGGACUUUAGAGUUUCUUGCUCUUUCUCUUUUUUUAAUCACUAUGCUUGUUUGAGAUGGUUCCCAAUCUGUCAGUGCUGGUCUGUAGCUCAGUAAACACCCCGAAAAUAGCUCAAGUAGAUUUGCAGGACCCACCUUCGGAGCAGUGGUUCCUGGAGAACUGAGGCUGUUACACAUUCUACACAGCUAACAAAUCUAUAUUCAAAUCAAAAUGAUGGUUUUCAAAUUUGAUUUUUGUCAAAGAUCAUGGGAAGGCACCAGUUCUGAUGUCUGGGGUUUGUUUAAAUUUUUUUAUUUCAAAAUCAAAUAUUAGUCUCACUUUCAUGCAUAAGAGUUUUCCUUGAGAUCAGUGGCUUGGGGCUUUACUGACUUGUCUGUGAAAAUGAGCUCUAAAGGUCCUUCCACAUGUACUCAAGACUAUAGAUUGCACCAGACCCCUAAGUCCUUUCAGAAGAGGAUUCCAUGGCAUGUUUAUUCACUUACACUUAGAAAUAUUCAUUCUUUCUAUUUAUGCCAGAAGAGUAAUUUAAAGUAGAAAUCUUAUUUCAAAGUGCCCUUUGUUUUUUGUGUGUCUUUCUGUAGUUCUGCUUUCUGAGGUAGAUUAGAAAAAUGGUAGCUCUGCAGCAUUUUAUCCCUGAGGGCCUUAUUUUUAGAGCCACUCAAAUUUAAAUCAAAGUCGUAAAUAAUUUAGCUAAGUGGAGUGAGUAUAAUAAAUACAGCAGAUAAACAUAGCACAUCAGCACCUAUACCACCAUUCUAGACUCUUUAGUUGAUGUCAUUCAAUGGAAAAGAAACUUAGAUUAGUGUGCUCCUCACCUUCCCAAGUUCUGUUAUUUCAAACCUGUGAACUAACCUUGCAGUUCAUUAUAAAUUAACAGUCACAAUUGCUUUCUAAAUUACUCCCUGAUAUUAUUCUCUAGCUGUGCGUCAGCUUGCCUCCUAGAGGUUAUGAUUUCCUUGAAGACAUCUACAUAUCAGUGCCCCAACGAGCAAAUGUUUUGCCACCUUUUCUCUAUGGGAGGAGGUGAAAGAAAAUAUCCUAAAGCAAUGAUUCUCCAGCCUGACUAUACAUUAGAAUUUCAUGGGGCACUUUAGCAAAUGACUCAACCCUUGACCCCACCCCAGAGAUUCAGAUUUAAUUAGUUUUAGAUGGGUGUACACAUCAGGGGUUUUUUUUGUUUGUUUUUAAAUUUUCACUUCUGCUAUGUAACCAAAGGUGAGAACAGCUGUCCUAAAUUAUCAUACAGUUCAUGCUGGAUGAUGAACUACUCUCUACGUCCCUAGGGACCAGUAAUAUUAUCAGUAUAGAUGUUUUUUCGCUUUAAUGAAUACUGGAGCCAUUCAAUGAUCAAAGAUAUAUUGGACCAGAUGUAAAUCAGAUAAUGGACCAUUCUCUUGAUUGGUAGCAUCAACAUUACCUGCAACUUGUCGCUGGCCCCUUCUCGUACCUAUUAAAUUAGAAAUUGUGGGUGAGGCCUACCAAUUGUUAUCAUAAGCCCUUCGGGUAAUUCUGAUAUACUCUUAAGUUUGAGAACUGCUGUCAUGGACUAUUGAUUGUAUUGAGGAUUAGUCUCCAUUAGAAAACGGAUUGUAGAAGCAUUGUGAACUUUCUUUCUUUGUUUCUCUGUGUCUCUGUCUUUCUGUUUGUCUUUUUCUCUUGGAAAUGGUACUCACUGUAAAAGUGAAGUCAACCUGAAACUCAUUUUUAUCAUGAUUGUAUUGAUGUGUAUAUGAAGUCCCUCUGCCCUACCCCCUAUUAAAGAAUGAGUAUUACUCACUGAACAUCACAGAUCUCCAUCGUCUGUCUUAUGUUGGAUGAGUGGAUUUCACCUACAUUAUAUGCAGUUACAUUUAUGACUGAGCUGGAUUACUGUGGGGAUCUAUAGUAUUUGUUCCUGAUUUCCACCUCAAUGCUGCAGAGCAGCACUUUGAAUGCAUAGCACCUCACGGGAAAGAUUGUAAACUUGUUAAUCUCACUGAAAAAUGAAUUUUGUAUGAUGUGCUAAAUGGAAAUUUGCAUUGGAUUAUUUUUAUAUUUAACACAUUCCAUCAAAACAAUCUGUAACAUAAUUCUAAAAUCUGCAUGUGGGUUUAACUGUGAAAUUUGUUGUUGUGAUAUUUUGAUUAAGUGAAUUCUUUCUCUGCAAAUACUAUGCAGAUAAAAUUAUUUGUAUGUUCAACUGAACUGAUUUUUCCCUAGUUUCCUCAUUAUUAAAAUCAUAAAUAAAUCAUAUGUUUACAGAUACAA